AUGCUGCGAUUCUUUCGAGAUCAUAACCGAAGGGUUACGAAACACAUCACUUCUAGCCUGCUCCUGACCACAAUGGCCAUGGCAUUUAGUGUGUUCACUUUCGGAUUUGAGCAAGCUGUCUUCGAUACUGUUCAGGCUAUGACACCAUUCGACCGACGAUUCGGCGACUUUAUCGAAAGAGAUGGACAAUAUGGCUUCACAGCGUCCAAGCUUGCCUACCUCAAUUCAUUCCCGCUCAUCACCUACGCGAUCGGCGUUGUUGUCGCGUCUCAAAUUGGCGAGCGACUCGGUCGUAAGCCCGUGUUCAUUAGCAUGAACUUCAUCUGUAUGACUGGAGUCAUCGUCGUGCUGACAGCAAAGAGUUAUAGCCAAGUGCUUGUCGGACGUAUGACUUUAAACCUUCAUGUGGGAACCGAGGCCUGGCUGGUGCCUAUGUAUCAAGCCGAGCUUGAUUCAGCCGCAGUGCGCGGUUCAUUCGUGUCUUUAUAUGCUUUCAACCAUACCUUUGCCGGAUUUAUCUGCAGCAUUAUCACAAACUACACGACUAAUUUCGACAAUGACGCCUGUUGGAUGAUUCCUAUCGGUUGCACUACCAUAUUCCCGUCCCUUGUUUUGGCUACCUGCUGGUUGGUGCCCGAGUCCCCGCGUUGGCUGCUACGUAAAGGCAAAAUAGAAAAGGCCACGCAGAAUAUCAUCUAUCUUAAUGGUACUACCCCCGAUUACCCUGCUCAGCAAGAGGCCUCUCUGCUCCUAGAGGCUCUGCAACAAGGUCAGACGAGAGGCGACUGGUCCGAUUUGGUCAAGGGAGUCAGCCUGUACGGCUCUAUCUUCAUCAAGAGUAUCAAUGUCAUGAACGCAUUCACCGCUACCAUGAUCAAGCGAGCUCUGUUAUGCAUCGGAUGUCUGGUGGUCAUUUUUUUUGUGGACAAGACGGGUAGACGGCGCAUGUUCUUGGGUGGUUCGUUCAUCACAGUAGCCGCACUUAUGGUGAUGGGCGGUCUCGGUACAAUCGUACCGUCCACGAUGGGUAUUAAGAAGGGAAUUGUUGCCAUGGCGUUGAUCUUUCCUGCCUCAUAUAUAAAUUCCUUUGGCACCACCCUGCAAGUUUUUAAGAGCGAAGUGCCGCACGUCACUUUGAGAGACAAGUCUGUGAUGAUAUUCUGGUCUAUUGCCAACCUGUGUAACUUCGUGGCUACAUUCACUCUCCCGUAUCUUCUCCAAGCUCCAUAUGCCAACCUCGGCUCCAAGGUCGGCUUCAUUUAUGGUACUAUUGCUACCUUGGGUUUGAUCUGGGGUUAUUGCUUCCUACCUGAAAUGGCCAACAGGUCUCUCGAGGAAGUAGAUGAAAUGUUUGAAUCUAAGGUUCCUGCAUGGAGAAGUAGAGAAUGGAAGAGUACCUUUGCAGCGCGAAUCACCGAGAUUGAGAAUACGGGAACCAUACAACAAAGCACAAAACAGAUCCAGCUUGGGGCAGAGGAGAGGGUAGAGAAUGUUGGUACUAUGUCAAGGUGA